GACUCCUUUAUUUAAUGAUCUGGAAAGAGAGACAAUUUUCGGGAUUGGUGUUUCGUGAGUGGAGCGUGGCAGUGGUGGUUUUGCGUGGCAAGUUUGUUUAGUAGGCCGACGAGUGUUUAUUUUGGUUUCAGUAUUACAACUAAAGAGAAUUUUAAGUAAAAUUAUCUUCAUAUUUAUUAAAAAUGACUUCAGUUUCAAAUGGAGAAAUCCCUGCAAAGCAAAAGAUCAUGUGAAAGGAUUGGUUGGGUUCGCAUAGUAUUUCCUUUAAUAUGAAGAUUUUGUGUAAAGUUCCAGUUUUGUUAUCAUCAUUGUAUAAACAGACUCUCCCAUCACUCACAUAUUGUCGCUUGAUGUCUCAAAAUUUAGAGUCUAAGAAAAAGGCUCCUAAAAAUGAACAAGAAGCUGAAGAUCAACAAAAAUUUGUCCUCAAAACAGCAAAAGGGACCAGAGAUUAUGGCCCCAUUGAAAUGGCUGUCAAAGAAAAAUCUUUUAAGAAAAUAAUUGAUUGUUUUAAAAGACAUGGAGCUGAAACAAUAGAUACUCCAAUUUUUGAACUAAAAGAUGUUUUAACUGGGAAGUAUGGAGAGGACAGUAAAUUAAUUUAUGAUUUAGCUAAUCAGGGAGGAGAAAUAGUGUCUUUGAGAUAUGAUUUGACUGUACCUUUUGCCAGAUACUUAGCAAUGAAUAAAAUAACAAAUUUCAAGAGGUAUCACAUAGGUAAAGUGUACAGAAGAGAUGCCCCAUCUAUGACUAAAGGAAGGUAUCGAGAAUUUUAUCAAUGUGAUUUUGAUAUUGCUGGGGUAUACAGUGAAAUGGUACCUGAUGCAGAAUGUGUUCGAAUUAUGAAAGAAAUUCUAACUGAUUUGGAUAUUGGAGAUUUCAUGAUCAAGGUUAAUCACAGGAAUAUACUUGAUGGGAUGUUUGCUUGUUGUGGUGUUCCUGUUGAUAAAUUCCGAACUAUCUGUUCUUCUGUUGAUAAACUAGACAAGUCACCAUGGGAUGAAGUAAAAUCAGAAAUGGUGAAUGAAAAACACUUGGAUGAAAGUGUGGCUGAUAAAAUUGGUGAAUUUGUUAGAAAACAUGGAGGAGCUGAUCUCAUAGAUGAAUUGCUCAGCCAUGAAGAGCUUUCUAAAAACAAAUCUGCUGUUCAAGGUCUUGAAUCAAUGAAAUUGUUUUUCACCUAUUGUGAACUUUAUGGUGUCCUAGAUAAGAUUUCUUUUGAUCUUAGCCUUGCUAGAGGACUUGAUUACUAUACAGGAAUAAUAUUUGAAGCUGUUUUGAUUGGUCAGACGGUGUUGGAUGAAAACAAUGAGCCUGUCAGUCUUGGUAGCAUAGCUGGUGGUGGUAGAUAUGAUGAACUAGUUGGCAUGUUUGAUUCAAAGAAUAAGAAUGUUCCAUGUGUUGGAAUGAGCAUAGGAAUCGAACGUAUUUUUGCACUUAUGGAAGCUAAGCUAUCGGCAAGUGGUAAGAAAAUACGAAGCACAGAAACAGAGGUUUAUGUUGCCACAGCUCAAAAGAAAUUGGCUCAUCAUAGAAUGAAGCUUUGUCGAGAGCUAUGGGAUGCUGGAAUAAAAGCCGAACAAUCAUACAAAUUAAAUCCAAAGCUUUUAGAUCAACUUCAAUAUUGUGAAGCUCGUGGCAUUCCUAUUGCUGUGAUACUUGGUGAAUCAGAAAUUCAAAACUCUGUUGUAAAGAUUAGAUUUGUUGAAUCAAGGGAGGAGCUGGAAAUUGCUGAUUCUGGGCUGGUUGAUUUUCUACUGAAAAGGAGAUGGAUAUCAGUGAAUUAUCCGGAUGGAUACUAUCCGAAUAGAACUCUAGACUAGUAAUUACAAAUAGUUGCCACUUGCUACCAGAGACAAAAAAUGCUGGAAAUUGCCCAAUCUGAGCUGGUUGAUUUUCUAAAGAAAAGGAGAUUCACAUCAACUUAACUAAUCAUAAUGCGGAACUUCUUAACUAAGGCAAUAAAGUGCUUCUCCAUGAAUGGCUUGUGAAAGUUAUUUUUCAAGUGACUCACUGAUCGAAAAUAAUCUAUCAUUCGUAUUUAUUAUUUAUUUAUACUUUCUAUUUUAAUGAUGUGUAUAUAAUUAUAAAAGGGAAACAAAUUUUAUUAUGUGCCUAAAUGUUCCUUGGUCUAAUUAAAUUUUAUGUUGUGAAUUUUAAUUUUUUGUAACAAUUUUAAAACUGCUAUGGUAAUGUCCAAAUGUUAUGUUUCUAUUAAAUUUUUUGAAAAACGUCUGUUAAUUCUACAAUAUAAAUUAAAUAGUUAAAAAGUUACUAAAUAAAAGUUACAUCAUUAAAGUUACUAAAUAAAAAGUUUUAAUGUAUGAUUUUUUUCAAAGAUUUUAUGCAGAGAAUUUAUGUAUAUUUCUUAGAACUUUAAAAUAAUAUUCAAUGGAAAUGAAAUUUGUGCAAAUAACCAUUUGUACUUCUAUUUGAAUUAAAUAAAGCAAAAAUAUACAUUUUAAUUUAUACAGCAUUGUAAAACUUUUAUUUUUGUACUGCAGCUUCAUCACUGUAUUUUUUUUUAAGUUUUGAAUUUUUUUACUAAUUACGAAUUAUUUCUAUCGCAAAAAUAAAAUCAACAAAUUUACUUUUAUGUGCCUCAUUUUUUAAAAAAAAAUAUUUGAGUGUUUUAAAUUAUUACUUUUUAUAUUAGGUGUCUGUAUGCAAAUCUAUUUUAUGUUAAUGAGCCAAAAACAAUUGCCGACAAAAUAUUUUAUUUAAACCCUAAUUUUACUUCCUACUUUUUUUUUUUAUUCAUUCUCUGAUUUAGGUGAAUUCAUUCUAUUGAAACCCUGAUUUAGGUGUACAAAUCUUUACCAAAGAUUAUGUUUAAGUACUCUUUUGACUUUCUUUUACAAAAUGACCAAAAAUAAAAAUUUUGUAGCUUUCAUUUAUUUUAAAAUAGCUUUUCUUAUUGUCAAAUUGUAUGAACAUUCUUAAAAGCAUCUGUAUUUUAUCUGUACCAACAUAUAGAAAUAAUAAAAAAUGCAUUUGUAAAAA